GAAUCUAGAUCCGCGGAAGAGGAUCGAUCGGGCGCCUGCCUGAGCCUGAGGUUCAAUCAGAAAAUCGAAUUUACAGCAGAGGCAUCGGGGCAACAGGAGUUUGAGGAGGCGCACCUACCUAUCACGCAGGAGCACCAUUGGCAUUGAAACGACUUGCUGUAAAGCCUCCAGUCCGUUCUCAGCUACCAAAGUUCUGGGUAAAUCUGAUUGUUACGAUGGCAUCUUCUGUGGCGUCAAGAAGCGUAUUUAGGGGCAUCAGCUCCCUGCAGGAGACUUGUAGAUCUGUGAGCGAGCAGCGGACUUCUGUUGCCAAACCGUUUGCCAGAACCUCUUUGAAAGGAUGUACACCAUCCGCACCACUUCGGACACUGAAACGGGGGUCCAGCACAUUCCUUGGGGCUUCUCACAAGUCGUUCCUCCCUUCUCUUCCUCCAAAGCCAGUCCGGGCUACCAGGCAGAGCGGUGUGUGUCGAGCCGAAAGUGUUGGGGCUAUUGGUGGAGGUGGGGCCGUGAAAGAGCGCAGCCAUUUUGAGAAAGUUGUUGAGCUACUCACAACAAUGUUCCCAGUCUGGAUUAUCAUUGGAACGGUUGUUGGUUUGUGGCGGCCAAGCUAUGUGACCUGGCUGAGCUCGGACCUCUUCACGCUGGGCCUGGGCUUGCUCAUGCUCUCCAUGGGCCUUACCCUCUCAGUCGACGACUUUCGGCAGAUCGCCCGCAAUCCUUGGACCAUCCUGUGUGGUUUUGUCGCCCAGUAUUUUGUGAAGCCGCUCCUCGGUUUUGCGAUCGCUCAAGCUAUGAACCUCCCCGCCCCCCUAGCUACCGGCCUCAUCCUGGUCUCAUGUUGCCCGGGAGGGCAGGCGUCCAACGUGGCCACCUAUAUUGCUCAUGGAAAUGUGGCUCUUUCUGUCGCGAUGACGACGGCUUCCACAGUUGCUGCUAUCAUGAUGACUCCUCUUCUGACCAAGGUGCUGGCGGGGCAGCUGGUUCCAGUUGACGCCGUGGGCCUUGCGUUGAGUACCUUCCAAGUGGUCCUCCUUCCCACAGUUGUUGGAGUUGUGGCCCACGAGUGCUUCCCGAAAUUUACUGCGAAGAUUUCGACCUUCACCCCCCUCAUCGGAGUUAUCCUAGUGACCCUUCUGUGCGCCAGCCCUAUUGGUCAGGUUGCUGACGUCUUGAUGACGUCAGGUGCCUCCCUGAUCUGGCCCGUGCUGGCCCUCCACACGUUUGCUUACGGCCUGGGUUACUUCCUCAGCAAAAUUGCAGGGUUCGGGGAGAAGACUUCUCGAACAGUAUCCAUUGAGUGUGGCAUGCAGAGCUCUGCCCUCGGCUUCCUGCUUGCUCAGAAGCACUUCAGCAACCCGCUGGUGGCCGUGCCGUCGGCAGUCAGUGUUGUCUGCAUGGCGCUCCAAGGCGCUCUCAUUGCCGUGGUUUGGCGGAAUCAGCCUAUCGCUGCUACCGAUAAGGAUGACUUUGUAGCAAUUGCCUAGGGUUGAAUAAGUUGACCCCUGAAGCUGUGCAGACAUUUUUUGUAAGGUAGGCGCUAUUGUGUUGCUAAGUGCGUUGGAAGGGUGGCUUGCUCGACCAUGAGUACCUGAGAUAGACAGUCUUGUUAAGCAGUCGCAUUGGAACGUUGAGGUCAUCCUAUCAUGGAGCGGAAUCUUGGAUCAAGCAGACAUCACUGAAGUUCGCGGCUAGGAGCCUUGUGGAAAUGAUGGAAGUCGAAAGUGACAUGAUUGACCAUGCUUGUAUAGUCUCUCAUCACGAUGGAUCACAAGGGUAAAUGUCGUUGCUAUGCUGGAGUAGUACGUUCUCUAGUUGAUCACGGGGUAAUGAUCAUCGGCCUAUGUAAAAGGCGCACUUAAAAAGAAACGCAUGUGCACGUUCGUGCCAGCCCGCACACGGCACAAUUUCAAACCCGCUCAACGAGGAGCA